AAAUUAUUAUUAUUUUUAUGUUUUACUCAAACAAUAAAGAAGAAGAAACGGUAUAUUUGAAAUAUUUCUUUAAUGCACAUGACAUAGUCACAAGAACUUGAAUAACCUGCCUUUUUUACUUUGUUGUAAUUAUUUAUAAUUGUCUCUGCUUUAUGUUACUGUUUGUGAAUAGAAGUCGUUUUCUUUUUACUGUACAAUGAAAAUGAUUGGCUAGUAUUUGUCGGUAAACAGAAAAMGAAAACAAUAGAUUCAGAGCCCGUGAUACCAACAAUUAGUCUCGCUAAUCUAUCACAGUCAAAUGAAAACGACUUUAAAAUACUCACAUGUUCAACUGCAAUAUUUUAACAUGUCUAGCGAACUGUGAGGUCUAUUUGUUCCUGUCAGUGAUUGGAAAAAAAAAGAGACAUAUUCGAACAUAGUUAUUUAUAUCGUACGCGAGACAUUUUGGUAUUUGAAAAUGGGUUUUAUCGCUGGCUUGUAGGUAUUCAUUUAUGCAAAAAGCGGGGGAAUUUUAGGCAAAGCUGUCGGCCAACUUCUGCUUGUGCCCACGAUUUAAAACAUAUAAUUGCCGAACACAUUUCCAAAAAUUUUCAAUGUCAUGUGAGCAAUUUAUGCAAACUGUGUAAAGGGGGAAUUCUCGCGGGAAAAUAUUGUUUCCAGAGUUACCAGUUUAUUCAGCGAAAACAGGGUGAAAUAUAACGGGUUAGAAMGUAAAAUUUAGAACAGUUUUUAGCAAUUUUUCAAUUGUUAGCAUGAAUUUUGCAAGAUUUCAUGCCAUUUACACAUAUGAAUACCUUUCUGAAAAAGUCUUUUGAAAGAACAUUAAUUGUGUUUUAAGACCACGGAUAUUUGAAUACAUAGAAUAGGUUUUGUUUUCUUACUAGUAUAUUAAAUGCACAUCAAUCAACUUUUUCACGAAAAAGUAAUUGCUCUACCGAGAUGACAGUUCCUAAAAAAAACAGCACUCAACGGGCAUUAAUCGUAUGCGCGUGCCACAUGCUUCUCUGAUUGGUARGAAGGCAGUGUUUAUUAGUCAUGUAGGCGGUCGAAUUCCCUGAUUACCAGAGCGAUAAAAACUAUACGUCUCAACAUGCUAAUGCAACUCUCAUGCAAUAUUUAGCGUCUUCAUUUAGGAAGCCAAAUGUUGAGCCAGUAGGAUUUCACGGCUGUUUUCGUCUGAACCCUUCUGGUGUGCCGUUGAUACUGUUUCGCUGUCACAACAAUUGUCUAGAAAGUACGCCUUGUGUUUAUUAAAGCGUUGUUUGGAUUGGCGCCAUGCGUCUUCGAUAGCCGAGAUAUUUUUAUAACGUGUUUCAGAGGCUAUUCUGGAUUAAGAUAACGAUUGAACGCUGAAUUGACGCUUGUCACUGCAGAUCUUAUAUAAGUCUCCUAAUUUGGCCAUAAAGCAUUCACAAGCUUCAAGGUAGCGACGACGUUUUACAGACUAAGAUUUACAAUCAUGGAAAAUGGGAGUGAUAGUUAUUUUACCCAUAAAAAUGAUUCUUUAGGAUCUAACGAGACAAUUUUGGACGCCUUGCCAUACGAUUCAAGAACAUCUAAAGGUUUUAAGGUGUUAGCUUAUGUUUUGGUCCUCGUUGCAUCGGUCAUGGGAAAUCUCUUCGUAAUCUACGCCAUCAAGAGAGACUAUCGCGGCAAGCUGCGCAGACGAUUUACGUACUUAAUGAUUACAAGCAUAGCUGUUUCAGAUCUCUUAAUGGCAGUGGUAAGCGUCCCGGAGCGUAUAACUCGUGUUCUUUCUGCGGACGAGUGGAUGCUUGCAGGUAGUCUGGGUUUGGUGCUUUGCAAAGUCGUUAACUUUGUAGAGAAGGUUUCCAUCACAGUGUCGGCCCUUCACGUCACCGCACUAGCAACACAUCGCUUCAUGGCUAUUUUUUACCCUCGAAGAACUUCCAAAUCUCAAAACUGUCGUCUUGCAGCAAUAUGUAUGUCAAUGGUGUGGUUAUUUGGCUCGCUCUACUGGUCCCCAGUCUUAUACUAUGGUGGAUUGUUAUCGCUGCCUAACCCACCAAGGUUGUAUUGUAAAGUUCGAUACUUUUACACACAUUGGCGGUUCAGCUAUCUGGCUUUUCUAAUUCUACUUCUAGGUAUUCUGGUCGUCGUCCUUGUCCUUUAUGCCGCAAUUUGGUUUAAAUUAUCCUGCAGCAAGACGCUCCGAGAUGAAAGUAUUUCCAUCGCAGCUGAAAUGCGACGUAAGACAACAGCAAUGGUCGCAGUCAUAGUUGCUUCGUUCUACUGUUGUUUUUUGCCUUAUUGGAUUGGUUGGAUCUUGUGUUCCUACCAGCACGUUUUUUGCAACCAUAUUUUCACCUUUAUCUCAAUAUAUCUGACGCACGCCAGCGUUGCUGUGAAUCCAAUCAUCUGUCUGAUAUUUAGCCGGCAUUAUCGAGACGCUUUGAGAGAACUCUUAACUUCCUCAUCCAGUUCUCAGGCCGUAAUAAGGCAAAAAAGGACUAAGCUGUAACCAAGAAAGAUUAUUCCUCAAAAACAAAAAAAGAGUAGAGGAUUUAAAUUAGAAAAAUUUAAUAACUAACUUAUCGCUUUUUUUGUUGCUAUUUACUUGUAUUACGGAGAACCAAGUGAUUUAUGUUAUAGUGAAGCUUUAGGUAAAACAUUUGGCUCUUAUGUUUGUGUCAUUUAGAGUAGAAACAUUUAGAAUCACUGAAUACCUAUAAUAUUGAAUAUUUUGAGUUUAAAUCAGGAGAAAUUAAGUCAUU